AUAAAGAAAAUCCUAUUUUCUGGGGACUGAUGAUUGAUGGAUUUGGGAGGGGCCCGAAGGGAGGGAACAAAGAGAUCUCUUGCUCUCUUGCUUUCUCUCUCUGUGUGUGUCUGUAUGUGUAUCUCUCUUUCUUGCGACUGGGGCUUACUUUCUUGCUUGCUUGCUUUAGUGUCGGUCUUAGUCUGGUGGCUAAGGCUGCAUUUAGGUACGGAAUCCUACCAGGGCCUAGGGCUAGUGCUCAUUUGAUACUCAAUUGCCGAGGGCGUACAACGUUAUUACAUAAGUGGGUUUAUUGGAUUAAUGUAAAGGGUUAACUCCCGGACGCCGUCUUGUGUACCUUGAAGCUUGAUGGAAAGGUAAAUAAGAAAGAAAAAAAAGGGGGAAUGAGAAUUAAAGGGGGAAUGAGAAUUAAAGGGGG